AAGUACAAAUAUUUUCAAUUUUGUGUUGUUGCUCGCAUGUUUUGUCAAUUUUGAAGUCACUUCCCUGUUCCUGCUGUUGAGGAAGGUGGUUUAAAGAUCAUCUUCACAUCUGAUUUGCCACAGUAGUAGCCUCUAUUACAAGCACUCUGAUCGCGAUGGGAGAUGUCCAGGCAGCUAAAAGAGCUCUUCAUCAAGCCCUCGGUAGCAAAUGGGAAGAGUACUGGGCAUUGCUUCGUCAGUGGUUCCGCAAGCAGAUUAGCAAGCAGCAGUUAGAUAACAGUGUCAGGGCUCUACUAAUGACACGUGUCUCUCUGCACACGGACUUCAUGCUGUCCAUACUGCGCCACUGCCAAAGUGGAGGUAAUGGCAUUAACGUUGUGUCUCCAGUUGGGGCACAGCAGCAGCGUCCGGCCCAGUCGGGUUCUCGUUCUCGUGCCAAGGUGACGAAGACUAGCGGAGCAAGUACUGCAGCAGCCAGCACGCAAGCCAGCGGCGGUGCAGAGCGUGCCAGUGGCAGCGCCAGUAGCGGCCAUAGUACUACUAGCAGUACUAGCAGCACUAGCACCGGCAAUGGUGUUAGCAGUGGCCAGGCUGCACCAGCGGCCACCACCAUCACCACCACCUCUGCUGCUGCUGCUGCUGCUGCUCGCACUGCUACAGACUCCAGCGCUCAGCAGUCAAGUAGUGUGGUCAGUGUUCAUCGGAAGAAGAAUGCGUUUACUCGCUACGCACCGUACCCACUGCAAAACUUCAAGGCAGGACUGAAGUGCGAUACGGAUCAGCUAAGAGCAGCACAUCAAGCCAAUUGGCGGCCCUUGUACCACCGGUUUCUGCCCAGCUUGGACCAGCUAAAAGCCAGAUUGCGCAUUCAUACCCUCAGUUCUGGCUUGGAAUCGGCUGACGAUGGAGUCGCAGAGAUGGUACUCUCUGCUUUAGAGACACACAUCAAGAAUGUGCUGACAGCGGUAUCUGAGCAGACCUUACGGUCAUCAAUACCUGAUCUCUCGGAUCAUGACUACGUGAAGAAGCCGUCCUUUCUCAACCCCCAUUGCCCCUUGCCAACUAACAGAGACCUACGAGCGCUGUCGGCGAUGUCGACGGAUAGCAGUCGGCCUUGUCGUGAUCAGAGCUUAGCACUGCCGCUGCCCUUCGCCAAGCACAGCGGCAAUGCAGGACACCGCAGUGGUGCUGGCAGGCAUUCAGUGCAUGGUGUUGAGCAGCGUAUCCGUACUCUGGACGUGUACAAUGCCGCCCAGGGCAAUAUGUCUCUGUUUGGUGGUCGGUCGGUAGCCAUGCCUCUAAUGCAUCGACUGCAUGCCAUGCUUUAGGCAAGGUACAGCAACUCUUUUUUCCAUGCCACUCGGUUCGAACGACGGUUUUACCCUUUUCAUCGUUAGUCCCGUUACUGUGAAGUCUCCGUUGGCUUUUUAUCUUUUUAAAAAGAUCACUCCUGCUCUAUUAACGACUAACAACCGGGUCUCAAUUUGCGAUCCAAGGUGAAGUUUUAGCCCAAUGAAGGGUUUUUCUAUUGGAGUUUGAGUUCUCCUUUUCUUUUAUAGUCCUGUUUUUAGCAUGUGUGUCAGCUGUUUCUUAGUCUCUCCCUCGCUGCUGCCUCCCCCCCCCCCCCAUCUCUCUCUGGGGGCCUGAUUUCUAUCAGUGUGGUGCAAGGGGUUCACAUACUGCUCUAGUGCAGUAUAUGUUGCUGUUCUCAAUUGUUGUUCAGCAUAUUUAUUGGUGCUCCUGUUAUGAUCAGGCACACGUGUGCGUGAUUAGCCAAGCACACACGCGGUUGAUUAGCUGGUGGCUCUUGAAGUCUUCUUGUCAAGUCUUGUUGUCCGCAAGUGUUGAUUAUCCUCUUUUUUAACUUAUUGCAAAUUAGUCGGCAUUUUUCUUUUUUUUCCUUUCACCUAGACCGAUCAUUAUACCAUAGUACUACUAAGUAUUUGAAAUUUCUUUUCUGAACUUCGCUCAAUGUCAAUUAAAUGUGCAUUUUGUUAUUGGUCUCCUCCUCUGGAAAAACCUUUCCCAUCUACAAGUGUUCUUGGCUUGAUGAGCGCCGCCCCAGCGAAUGUUUUGCUGUGCAAUAACUUGUUGGAGUUUUAUUACAAUUUUA